AUGGAACACGUUACAUUGGCGAGGCAGUCGCGCCUGCAAGCACGACUGUCAGCCGUUACGAGCACGCCGACAGCAGCUUCCUCGCCGUCUCACUCCGCACUUGCCUUAUGCAAUGCAACGUCUACGCCCAUUUCUCGCACCACAAAAGACGCCGGCGAUGGCUCAAGCGACGAUCGUCAAAACAAGAACCUCGGCGAGGACAAGCACACAGGCUCCACCCCAAGGACCACGCCUCUGCCGUCGACGGCGGGGGCGACGACGUCGCCUGACAUGUCCCUCCAACCUCGACGAGAGGCAUUGACCAUUAAAGGCGACGAUGGCCGGUUGCGACGAAAGGGAAACCCGGCGCCAGUGGCUGCUUCGACGACACAACGCGCAUUUUUGGUCCUAGGCCUCCCUCUGCGCAUCCCACACCGACAGAGCCGGAUUCUCCGCAUGGCCUUCUUCUCACUGGCGGCCGUCUGGGCCCUGUGGUCACUGCUUUUGCUGUUGUCUGGCCGGCAACAAGCGCUGGCCAUUCCAACACCAGGACACAAUGACGCCCACCACAGUCACGGCCAUGACAGCCACGGCCACGACAGCCACAAAUUCUACACGGCCCGUCCGUGCAAGGCGGCCACGUUUGCCAGCGUCCUGCCCAGCUUCGCCGCUAUCGAGCGUGUCGACACAGUCGCGGCCAACGGCAACUACGGCGAAGGUGCAGCCGACCUGGGCUUUCCCAGCAACGCCACCCUGCUUCCGCCUCUCUGCGCCGUCACCGUUGCCGUGCACAACGGCUCGUCCAACUAUCGUCUCGCCCUUUUCUUGCCAACAGCCACCAACUGGAACGGCCGGCUGAUGACGAUUGGCAGCUACUCGUUCGCGGGCGGCAUCAACUGGCCCAACAUGGGCGAGGCGCCGCACUACGGAUUUGCGACGCUGGCGACCGACGGUGGACACAACUCGUCGCAGAGCGAUCUGGACUGGGCGCCGACGACACCGGCGAAGCUGGCCGACUGGGGCUACCGGGCCUUGCACGGGACGGUCGCUCUCGGCAAGACUUUGGUCGAGACCUACUAUAGCGACGCGCGCAUCGCGUACUCGUACUACAGUGGAUGCUCCACCGGCGGCCGCCAGGGCCUCAAAGAAAUCCAAAUCAGCCCGGACAGCUUUGACGGCGCGCUUGUGGGCGCGCCGGCCUGGGACACGUCACGGCUGAUGCCGUGGCUGACCCGUAUUGGCGCCGCAAACUUGCCCGACGACGGCGCCAACCACAUUGACCUGCCCGACUUUGCGGUGCUGGCGGCGGCCGCACUGAAGCAGUGCGACCACCUGGAUGGGCACAACGACUCCAUCAUCAGCCGGCCCGAGGCGUGUGUGCUGGACUGGGCACCCAUCACCUGUGGCAAUGCCGCCGUACCGCCCGGCGAGCCGUGCCUCACGCCGGCUCAGGUCAAGACGGCGCGGUACCUGUAUGCAGACGCUUUCACGGCAUCGGACGACUUCAUCCACAGCGGCUACUCACUGGGGUCGGAGGACCAAUGGAACGUCUACCUGGCCUUUGGCGACGCGAGCGACUUUGACACGCGCUACGAGCGCUUCUGGCUUUACAACGACACCACCUGGAAUUGGACCCUAUACAGCGACCAGGUAUUUUACGAUUCGCUCCGGCUCAACCUGGGCAAUGCGUCGGCCGACGACUACGACAUCUCGGCCUACCGCGACCGAGGCGGCAAGGUGCUGAUGUACCAGGGGCUAGCAGACGGUGUCAUCACGCCACGCAUGACCACAUAUUACUACAAUCAGACGAUGAAGGCGAUGAACUUGACGUUGGCGACGGCGUUGGACAAACGAGACGAGACCAGUGAGACAAGUGACCGCCACCCACACCACAAAGACACAAACCCUCCCAUCCAGGACUUCUUCCGCUACAUCCAGGUCCCGGGCAUGCAGCACUGCUUCGCCUCUCCGGAAGAGGUUGCCGCCCCGUGGAUGUUUGCCAGUCCGGGCCAGGCCACCCUCUUGUCCCAGGAUUACGGCUUCGGCCCGGGAUGGGGCGUCCCCAAUCAGCCGGCCAGUGCCGCCCACGACGCUGUCCUGGCCCUCAUGGCCUGGGUGGAGAAUGCGGUCGCGCCGACGAGUAUUGUGGCCAGCGUCUGGAACCCAGACGGAACCGUCAACCGGACCCGUCCACUUUGUGUGUACCCGCAGGAAGCCGUGUACGGCGGAAAGGGGAGUCUUAACGUGGCAGCCAACUGGAGCUGCAAGUGA